ACCAACAGUUAAUAAUAAACCCAAACGCCUCAAAAGGCUGCAAAACAUUUAAGCAAAUCCACAGAGACCGAUCGAUCAGUUGCACAAAACAUGGCCGGCGGAGUUGCUGUUAGUCGUCUCACCGAGGAACGAAAAGCUUGGCGAAAAAAUCAUCCUUAUGGUUUUGUGGCGAAGCCUGAAUCUGUUGGUGAUGGGUCCGUCAACAUGAUGGUCUGGCAAUGCAUAAUCCCGGGGAAGGUUGGGACUGAUUGGGAAGGUGGAUAUUACCCUCUUACCCUCAAAUUUAGUGAAGAUUAUCCAAGCAAACCACCAGUCUGUAAAUUCCCUCAAGGGUUCUUCCAUCCUAAUGUUUAUUCAUCUGGAAUGGUUUGUCUAUCUAUCCUCAAUGAAAGCAGUGGAUGGAGACCCGCAAUUACAGUCAAACAAAUUCUCGUCGGGAUCCAAGACUUGUUGGACACCCCUAAUCCCGCCUCUCCGGCCCAAAACGAAGCAUAUAGUUUCUUUGUCAAGGAUUUGGCCGAGUACAAGAGAAGAGUCCGACAGCAGGGCAAGCGUUAUCCGCCAUCGGACUAGAUGUAAUUCAUGGUAGCUUGAUAUCAUUUGUAGUGCGACUAUAUUUUUGUGCAGAACCCGUUGUGAGUUGAAUUUGUUCUGGCGCGUUACCUGACCCGCCCAUUUUGCCAUUUCUUGGUUUAAGUCGUAAACUACAAACUUUUUAGUCGCC